UUCAUGCCUGCCCUUCUCUUGAACAACUUUGUUUGAAUUCUUGUUACUGUUUACUUACUCUCAAACUACGUGGUUUUACAAAUCUCAAAAAGGUUAAAAUUAUACCAUACUAUCUGGAGAUGAUCGAUAUUGAGUUGGAGUGUUUAGAAGAAUUCACGUUCAUUGGAUAUCCAAACAGAGAUCCAUGCGACAUCAACAUGUCUGGUUGUAAAAAUUUGAAGGUCUUCGAAUUGAAACGUCACAGAAUGAUUGCAAAGGAAUGGUUACAACCAUUGCUGCAUAAUUUUCAACUUCUGCAGUCAUUAGUGUUGCACGAUUGUCCACUUUAUGGGAGGAUUAGAAUAUCUGGUCAUCACCUUCGAUGUGUCGAAAUAUCAUCGUCAAAUGGAAACCUCGGUGAAUAUCCCAUUGUCAAUGCUCCCAAUCUAGAGUUAUUUUCUUAUGCAGGAGAUAUAAAUUCAUUUUUGUAUUCUAUGGAGACAUCACAUAUUCAAAUUGCAAACUUCAAAUUAUAUUUUAACCAUCUCAACACUAGGAAAUUCUUUCAAUUGAAGGAGCUUCUUGCUAACUAUUCCCAAGCUCAAUUUAUCAACUUGCAUAUCAAUCCCAACAUGGUUAAAUUUCAACAAAAAGAUAUGACAAGUACUCCAAUAUGUGGUGUAAGGUUAACAAUAGACCCAACAAUGAAGUUGGAAGGGAGGACUGUUGAAUUCUCCAUUGAUUACCAAGCUCUGGUGGAUGGCUUGCUCUGGUCCAUUCAGCCAGAAAUUCUCUCCCUCAAAUUGGAUUGCAAACCCAAUAUUCAAUUUUUAGAGGUUUUAUGCAGGAAACUGGGGAGCAUGAGGCAAGAAUCCUGUUGCAAAUCAACUGGACCAAGAUGUUGGGUGCACCAUCUACGACAUGUCAAGAUUGUGUGGGGAGAAAAUACUACUUGUGAUUCCACAGAGAUUUUGAAGUUAUUGCCUGCCUUUCGACCUUUUCACAUAAUUUCUUUUCAGUUUAAAUGGUGA